AUGUCUGCGCUCACCGCAUCUUCGCUUUUCACGUCGUCUGCUCUUCGCGAGUCGAAAACGACGACGACGUCGUCGACGAGUAAUAAAAAUAAGAAUAAAAAGAAUUCCUCUUCUUUCGUCGUUUGUCGCUCGCAAAAACAACAACAACAAAAGACGUCGGCAUCAUCAGAAAAAAGUAUUUCGCUUCUCGCGCCAUCUUCUUCAAAGAACGAAUGCAUUCAGCAGAUCGCGGCCAAGUCAAAAGCGCCGCCACCGCCGGCCGCGACUGGACCGACUCCGACGCAAAUUGCCGCUGGUGUUUUCGCCGCUGCGGCUAUCGGCGUGACUGCCCGCAAAGCGAUGAAGAAGAAAGCGAAGAAAAUCGUCAUCGCUGGCGCUCCAGCCUCGGGGAAAGGGACUCAGUGCGAAUUGAUCGUUAAGAAAUUUGGAAUCACGCACAUUUCCGCCGGUGACUUGCUCAGAGCUGCCGUUGCACAAGGCACGGACGAUGGUUUGAAAGCGAAAGAGUUUAUGGACAGAGGUGAUUUGGUCCCAGAUGAGGUCGUCGUGAAUAUGGUGAAAUCUCGAUUGAACGAACCGGAUUGCGCCGGCGGCUGGCUUCUCGAUGGUUACCCGAGAUCCGCGUCUCAAGCUGAGGCGUUGAGUUCGUACGGUAUCGAACCAGAUUUGUUUUUGCUCCUCGACGUGCCGGACGAAGAGUUGCUCGAACGCGUCGUCGGUAGAAGAUUGGACCCGGUGACUGGACAAAUUUAUCACUUGAAGUUUUUCCCGCCGCCUGAUGAGACUGUAGCGAAGCGUCUCACGCAGCGAUCAGACGAUACGGAAGAAAAGGCUCAAAACCGAUUGAAGGUGCAUCACGCCAAUGUCAACGCGGUGCUCUCCAAGUACAAGAACAUCAUGAAAACUAUUGACGGGAACCGCCAAAAAACGACGGUGUUCAAAGAAAUCGAGGGCUUGAUUAAAUCUAUGUAA